GGAGUCUUUGACCACAGUAGAGCUUAGAUUUAGAGUCCCAUUCCGAUUGCUGAUCGAUAGCCCUGCUAAGACAAAUGAACGUAGUGAUUUCCCGGGGGCUAAACUGACCGUACAGGGAGGAGCAUAUGUGAGCUUGAGAUGUCGCAGACAAGUUAUCUGAACACAUUUCGGAGGUUGAGGGCUUCUGGAAGCAACCCGUUUGAUCCUAAUGCCCACAGUCAAUAUGCAGGAGAAAAGUUACAGGUGCGUUUGGUUACACUGGAUGAAAAAUACAGAAGCCACUUGUUACAUCAACAGAUCAAGGCUUUCGAAGAGAAAGUGUACACGUCCUACGACAACUUUAACGUGGACAUGAUGUUGAAAAUGUUCCGUGAACUUGCCAGAAGAUGUAAAGGAUCCCAGGACAUUUAUACAAUAGGCGGAAUUCGACAAGCUAUCAAUCAAGAAAUUCGAAAACUACGCAUGCGGAAAAGGAACAAACGACUUCCUCUUUCGGAGGACAUGGGCACCGAAAAUGAUGACGUAAUGGAAUAUUUCAAUUGGUUUUUCAAGAAUCUGUCCUAUUUACGAGAACUUAGGAACAAUUUUGCCAGUCGCAUAUUCAAUCCUUUGUUUAAGUACUUUUAUAAUGUUUCUCAUGGAGGGCCGGACCGUGAACGUUCAACUGAUUCAGCCAUGUCUAUGUCGAAUCUAAGUGUGGCGUCCCAUCGUUCUUUUGACAGUGGCAUUACGGGUAUUUCCGGUUGGAGUUCUUUCCGAUUUUCGGAUUCUGAGAGCCAAGCUUCGGGAGAUGGCGAUAUUCAGAGUGCUCGGAAACACAUGAUCUCGAAAGCCGCUCUCCAACUUUUAGGUCGAGAGCUACGGGAUGUGAAGAAUUUAUACGACACGACCGAGCUUGAAAAGACGGCCCAAAGACUAGCAUUAAUUAAGGAGCAGCUUGAUUAUCUCAUUGACAACGAAGACGCCAUUAACCAAGCUCUCUUCAGUCAGGAUAGCGAAAGGGUGGUGAGCCACCUUAAAGUUAAGAACUCUCGGACUUAUUAUCUAAUGCGAUUGAUCCCUGAUAUUCUUGUUAAAUUCCAAAUUUGUGCAUGGCUAGCCAGGAAAUGGUUGGAAAUUGACGACAAGAAAACAAAAGAUCUGAAAGAAAGACUUGCCAAACUUGUAUCGCUGGAGGAUCAAUUAUCCAGGAGGUUGAAGAUGCUGUCCACAGACAUCCAGAAGCAUGAGAAAAAACUAGAAAAAGAAACAAACGAACUACAGAAGCUCUUAAAAAGAGAAGAGCGAACAAACGAAUUAGAAAUGACACUUCAUGGCUAUGAGAAUCGGGAAAGAGACUUAAAAGAUUACAUUCAGAAACUGGAAAACGAGAAACAGGAACUUACGACAAAGUUAAACAACAUGAUCAAAGAAAAAAAGACAGGGGAGUCCAAAGCUCUACAGACAAUGUUGGAGAGGAACAAGCUGCAGCUCUUUGCGAUGGAGAGACAGCUGGGGACUCUGAACUACCAUAAAACCAUCGUACAGAACGACAUGCAGGUAGAACUAGAGGUGAAAACAAACAUCAUCCACUUCACAAACGACGUACAGGAUCAGUGCGAAGAGCUCGAAAAGAUGUUAGAGACGGAGAAAAAAGAGAAAAGGACUAUACAGGCCGCUCUCAUUCCUAUAGCCCAAGACUCGGAGGAAAUCAGAGAGCGCCUGCGCGAGAAAGCAUAUCCGGUAGAAGAAAAUGAAGGCAUUGUUGCUCAGUAUAUUGGGAGUAGUAGGAUCCCGCUCUCUACAAUGAGUGUCGUAGAAAUGAAAAAGAGGUUUGCAGCUAAAAAUCCUAAUCCCAAACAUAUUCCCGUCUUUGAGAGUCCGCGAAAAAUGAACAUAUUUAAGACUGAGAUUGAGCCUUAUCCUAAAACUCCUGAGUUUGAUUUUUGACAUUUUAUUAAGUUGUUUGGGAAACUCGGUUUCCUCUGUUUCCUCUGUUAACUCUGCUUGGUAUGCUAGAAAUCAUAUAGAUGCUGUGAGAUUUUUAAUUUCAAAGAAUUAAUAAGGAUGAUAUUUAGUGAAUAAUUCUUUAUGUUUUUUUUUAAAAUAAUAAUAAAUUAGUACUCUUCGUGGGGUCAAAUGAUCGUGGUUUGACAAAAAUAUAUUGGUUUGUGGGGAUUAGAAUUCGUGGUUGAAGAAUUAUUAAGUUGUAAUAUAUAUUUUAGAUUCAACAUUUCGUGGAGGUCCUAAAUUCGUGGGUCUUUUCAUACCACAAAACAACGAAAAUUAUCCCCCCCCCCCCCCGAAAUUCAGUGAUUUCACAGUAUUUUUUUUUCUUAAAGAUAAGCGAAGAAGCCGAAAAAAUGCCUUUGGUUCGACAAAAAAGUGAAACAUAAUACAGAAUUGUAACACUAUUUUCUUUGAAAUAUCAGCUAACUUUAAUGUGUACUUUAUGUUAUCUCCACCAUAGUAAGUUUUGUUUGUCAUAAUUUCAUACAUUUUAAUAUUUAGAACUCAGUAUACUUAGUUCACAAACUGAAUUUGAUUUUUAUACGUCUGAAACUACGGGCAUUUUGCAUUCUUUACAAGAGUUUUUCGUUAAGUUUUCAUUAUAUUUGCCAGUGUAUGGGACUGAUAAUUUAAUAUUUGCUGUUUUGGAAAAGAAAUUCAGUUAGGUUGAACAUAUCUUCUUUUGUGCUAUACUUUCUUUUAAAAUCCUAUUCAAAGUACCAUUGAUAAAAUUAAUGAUGUUGAUUAAACAUGCAUUACUCAGAAACAUUUUGCUUUUAUACUCUUCUAAUGGCAUUGUGUAUCUGUCUUUAACUCUCAAAAGAAAGUAGGAAUGCUAGUUUUUAAACCCCUGAUUAUAGAUGUAAUAGAUUUAGACAUGCCUACCUUAUGUAAAGAACAAACAUUAUAUGUAUAUAUUUAUUUCCUUGAACUGAACA